UUUUUUUAUCUGUGGAUUCAGAGCAGGCAGAGCAGUUGGAGCAGCGAGCCUGAGAGCCACCACCAUGCACCUGACGUUCCCUUAGAUCUCACUGACGUUCUUCAAUUAUUUGUAGUUUAGUGCCGUAGAGUUUUAGUUGCUUGCGCAUAGGGGGAAACAUGAGCCGGCACUUUGCUGCUGCUUUUGCCUUGGCUUUGGCUUUACUUCCUCUUCUGAGCACUUCAUGUCCCUCACAAUGCAGCUGCUUUUUUCACAAGUUGAGUGAUGGAUCAAAGGCUCGGAGUGUGCUGUGUAAUGAUCCAGAAAUCACUGUGAUUCCCCCAAAUUUCCCCUCUGACACAUCAAAGCUACGUAUAGAGAAGACAGCAAUCACUCGCAUCGCCAGCAGCAACUUUCACUACCUCAACAGUCUGGAGUUCCUCUGGAUGUCAUUCAAUUCCCUGAACUCGCUGAAUGCAGACAGUUUCCGGGGCCUCUACAACCUGGAUGAGCUCCGGCUGGAUGGAAACUCCCUCACUUCCUUCCCCUGGGAAUCCCUGAUCGACAUGCCAAUCCUGAGGCUCCUAGACUUACACAACAACAGGAUCUCCUCCAUCCCGGCCUCGGCCACCAUGUACAUUAAAAACAUCACCUAUCUGGAUUUAUCCAGCAACAGCCUCACGACACUUCCGGCGGAAGCUCUCACAAUGUGGCUGAGCGUGAAGCCUUCCCAAGACGCGGAGUCCUCCAAACUAAUUCUGGGUCUUCACGAUAACCCAUGGCUGUGUGACUGCCGACUGUACGACCUGGUCCAGUUUCAGAAGUCCCCCUCGUCGACCGUGGCCCUCAUCGACACCAGGCUGAGGUGCGCCGAUCCGGAGAGCCUGUCUGGGGUUUUCUUUAUUGAAGCGGAGCUGCAGAGGUGCCAGGUCCCCAGGGUGCACACGGCCGUGGCUCGCGUUCGGAGCUCUCUGGGCAACAACGUCCUGCUGCGCUGUGGCACCGUCGGCGUCCCCAUUCCGGACCUGUCCUGGAGUCGCGCUGAUGGCAAGAAAAUGAAUGGCACAGUUCAGCAAGAGAUUUCCAAGGAAGGCAUCAUUUGGUCAAUUCUGAGUGUGCCUGCAGUCUCCUACAAGGAUUCGGGGAAGUACGUGUGCAAAGCCACCAACUUUGUGGGCACGGCGGACGCCAUUAUCUCCUUGGUGAUCACUGAUUCCAUUCGGUCGGACGAACCAGUCGGCGGCAUUUCCAAGAGAGGCAGCAGGAAGAAGCCUGGCGGCAUGGGGAGAGCGGCAUACCAGGAAAAACUCAUCGCUAGAUACGUCCCGCCGCCGACCAGUACUGCAGCCCAACCCAUCAUUGAACCUCUUAAUGGCAAAGGAGUGACUGGGCGGUAUGAAGUCGAAAGCUACAGCAUUUCCGAUGGGAUCCCUCAAGGACAAGUCAAAGAGUCUUUCCCUGAGAAGUCCGGGGAGGCGGGUCAAGAAGGUCUGGGUAACUUGGUGGCAAAUGCGUCCUCCCUACAGCAAGCUCCUGAAAAGAGGGUGGUGCGCUCGGUGAAGGUGAUUGGGGACACAGAUCACACCGUCUCAUUGAACUGGCGUGCCCCCACCGCCACAAACACCACCGAAUUCAGCGUCCUGUACGCUGUUUUUGGCGAGAGGGACAUGCGUCGUAUUAACGUGGGAGCUGGAAAGAACCGCAUCACCAUAGAAGGCCUUGUACCAAAGACAAAGUACAUAGCUUGCAUUUGCGUCAAAGGCUUGAUUCCGAAGAAGGAACAGUGCGUAAUCUUCUCCACGGACGAGGCGGCCAGCGCCAGCGGCACUCAGAAGCUCAUUAAUGUGGUGGUGAUAACCGUGGCGUGCGUGAUCGCGGUCCCCCUGACUCUGAUUGUGUGCUGCGGGGCGAUAAAGAAACGUUGCCAAAAGAUGCUGGGGCGGCAGACAAAGGACAUGCAGGACUCCUAUGUGACGUUUGAGACGAUCGGUCCCGGAGGCAAGGCUAAAGGGAUGGAGGGCGAAUACCUGACCAGGCUAAACCCCGAUGAAUCCAACAGGUUGCUGUCGGCGAGGUCCAGUGUUGAUUCGGAGGCUAUAGCGAGGACUGAAGGGCCACCUAAUGAGUAUUUUUGUUAGACCAGAGAAGACUCUUGGUCUCAUGAGGAUGCACUUUGUUUUUGAGUGAUGUUUAUGGAAAAAGGGACUGGACUGCUCAGACACUCAAAAACCUUUUUUAAAAGAGUUGCCUCUAUCGUUAAUGGACAAAUGAGAUUAUUUUACAGCCUUUACAGGAACAGAAUCAAUAAGUUCUUUGACUGAAAGCAGGAAGGGAAAAUAAAAAAGAAGCAGUUUUAACAUUGUGUAUUUAUAAAAAAAAAAAAAAAAAACUUUUUAUAUAUAUUAUGCACACAUUAAAUGGUUUCCACCCCUCCCCCCCCCCAACAAAUUGUGUUGAUACCCUCAACUCUCAUAAACCCACUCAGUUAUCAUUUUUCUUCGUGAAUGUAACGUCUGCUUUGUAUUAAAAUCUGAAAACAUACAAGGAAAAGUUUAGGGAACCAACAGUCUUUUUAGUUGUUUUUUUUAUGUCAGAAAGAUAAUGUGCCAGAUUGGCUGUUGGCUCAGAAACCCAAACUACAGUGGAUUUUAUAACAUGUAAACACUUGUCAUCUCAACUACAUGCAUAUAAAAACUGAAAAUAAAUAUUUUUAUAUCGAA